CGCACCAAGGUAGUCCCAUUUGGUUCCCGGGGAGAGAGAACGGAGUGCGAUAAACGAGAGAGAGGGACGCGGAAACAGCAGGAGCGGUCCGCGAGAGAGGUGCAGCGACCGGUGACAGCUUUUCACUCGAACCGUAUAGAGACCAAAUAAUUGCUGCAUUUGUAUUUUUUGCCGUGAAGUUUCGGAUCAGAGGCUUUUUGUAGGGACAAGGGGAUCUUUCUUCUGUAUAGAGAGUAUCAUUAGGGAUUCAGAAUGUCGGGGAGCAGGGAGGAGGAGCGGCGGAAACUAGCUGACAUCAUUAACCACUGGAACGCCAACCGGCUCGACCUGUUCGAGAUCAGCCAACCCACCGAGGACUUGGAGUUCCACGGCGUGAUGCGUUUCUACUUCCAGGACCGCGUGGCGGGGAACUUUGCCACCAAGUGCAUCCGCGUGUCCUCCACGGCCACCACUCAGGAUGUCAUCGAGACGCUGGCCGAGAAGUUCCGGCCCGACAUGAGAAUGCUCUCCUCGCCAAAAUACUCCCUCUACGAGGUCCAUGUCAGUGGGGAAGAACGGAAGCUGGACCUGGAUGAGAAGCCACUGGUGGUGCAGCUCAACUGGAACAAAGACGACCGCGAGGGACGCUUCGUCCUCAAGAACGAGAACGACAUCAUCCCCAAGAAGAUGCAGAGCAACGGGCCGGAGAGGGAGAAGGAGGGAGUCAUCCAGAACUUCAAGCGGACACUGUCCAAGAAAGAGAAGAAGAAGGAGAAGAAGAGAGAGAAGGAGGCUCACAUUCCGGACGGAGAUGAGCAAGCACUGAACAGAGAAGAUGGAGAGAACUCCAGACUGGCGGCGGAGGUGUACAAGGACAUGCCGGAGAACAGCUUCACCAGGACCAUCUCUAACCCUGAGGUGGUGAUGAAGAGGAGGCGGCAGCAGAAACUGGAGAAGAGGAUGCAGGAGUUCCGCAGCAGCGACGGCAGGCCCGACUCGGGGGGGACGUUGAGGAUCUAUGCAGACAGUCUGAAGCCCAACAUUCCUUAUAAGACCAUCCUGCUGUCCACGACAGACAUGGCAGACUUUGCUGUGGUGGAGGCCCUGGAGAAGUACGGCCUGGAGAAGGAGAACCCCCGGGAGUACUGCAUCGCCAGGCACACAGAUGACAAGUCUGGGAAGGAGAUCGUCCUGGACGAUACGGAGUGUCCUCUUCAGAUCUUCAGAGACUGGCCCAAUGACCGAGGAGCCCUCGUGUUCCAGCUGAAGAAGAGACCUCCAGACUAUGUGCCUAAGAAAGGCCGGAAACCAGAGGACAAGGGCCUCAGAGGGAAGGGCAUGGACGGGACCCUGUACGGCUCUCUACCCCCAGAGAAACUGCCGUACCUGGUGGAGCUCAGCCCAGGGAGGGGAAAUCACUAUGGCUACUACACGUAUCAGCACCUGGAAGACGGCUCCGACUCCAGGGACAAACCAAAGCUCUACCGUCUGCAGCACAGUGUCACUGAGGUGGGCUCAGACACGACAGACGACGGCUCCAUCCAGCUGUUUGGUCCAGGUAUCCUGCCCCACCACUGCAAACUGAUGCACACAGAGGGUCUGGUGACAGUGACGCCACACAGUCUGGAGGCUGAGACCUACGUGGACGGCCAGCGUGUCACCGAGACCACCGUGCUGCGAAGCGGAGCCACACUUCAGUUCGGCGCGUCCCACGUCUUCAAGUUUGUGGACCCCAGCUACGACCACAGUAUGGGCAAGGGAGGUCCCGGACCGAUGAUGAGAGGAAGGCACAAGUCAGGGAGUGUUUCUGAGACGACCUUUGACCUGCAAGGGGACAUUCACAGUGGGACGGCCCUCCCCGCCAGCAAGAGCUCCGGUAAGCUGGAUAUGGAGCGUUCCGCCAACGGCAGCGAGAGAGGCAUGGUCAAACCCAUGAUCCGCGGGGAGCAGCAGGACGGCAGGUCCCCGGACAUCCUGAGCCCAGAACUGACGCUGCCGGCCAGCAUCGAGUUCAGGGACAACUCCGAAGAUGCCUUUCUGUCGGCUAUCAUCAACUACACCAACAGCUCCACUGUGCACUUCAAGCUGUCCCCCACCUACGUACUGUAUAUGACCUGUCGCUACGUCAUGUCCAGCCACUACCGGCCCGACGUCAGUCCCUCGGAACGCACUCACAAGGUCAUAGCCAUCGUUAACAAGAUGGUGAGCAUGAUGGAAGGAGUCAUCCAGGAGAUUCCUGAAGGGGCCCAGAAGCAGAAGAACAUUGCGGGGGCCCUGGCCUUCUGGAUGGCCAAUGCCUCAGAGCUGCUCAACUUCAUCAAACAGGACAAGGACCUGUCGCGCAUCACACUGGACGCCCAGGACGUGCUGGCACACCUCGUCCAGAUGGCCUUCAAGUACCUGGUCCAGUGUCUGCAGUCUGACCUGAAUAAUUACAUGCCUGCGUUUUUGGAUGACCCAGAGGAACAGAACCCUCAGAGGCCCAAAAUAGAGGACGUUCUGCACACCCUGACGGGCGCCAUGUCGCUGCUGCGCCGUUGCCGUGUCAACGCGGCGCUGACCAUCCAGCUGUUCUCGCAGCUCUUCCACUUCAUCAACAUGUGGCUGUUCAACAAGCUGGCGAUGGAGGCCGACUCUGGGCUGUGUUCACACUACUGGGGCGCCAUCCUCCGCCAGCAGCUCAGCCACAUCGAGGCCUGGGCAGAGAAACAGGGCCUGGAGCUGGCCGCCGACUGCCACCUCAGUCGCAUCGUACAGGCUACAACUCUCCUCACCAUGGACAAGUACUCCAUGCAGGACGUGCAGAACAUCCACAACACCUGCUUCAAGCUGAACUCCCUGCAGCUCAACGCCCUCAUGACCAACUACCACUGUGCUCCCGACGAGCCUUACAUCCCCCCCGAGCUGAUAGACCACGUGGUUGCUGUGGCGGAGAACACGGCAGAUGAGCUGGCCCGUAGCGACGGCCGAGAGGUCCAGCUGGAGGAGGACCCCGACCUGCAACUGCCCUUCCUACUGCCCGAGGACGGCUACUCCUGCGACGUCGUGCGCAACAUUCCCAACGGAUUCCAGGAGUUCCUGGACCCCCUUUGUCAGAGAGGAUUCUGUCGGCUAACCCCUCACCCCCGCUCCCCUGGGACCUGGACCAUCCACUUUGAAGGAGCCGACUGCGACAGCCACUUCUUUGCAGACAACUCCGACCUGCAAAUGCGGAAGGAACCAGAAGUUGUGACGGUCACCCUGAAGAAGCACAAUGGCAUGGGCCUCAGCAUUGUGGCUGCCAAGGGUGCUGGACAGGACAAGCUCGGGAUCUACAUCAAGUCUGUUGUGAAGGGAGGUGCGGCUGAAGUGGACGGUCGUCUGGCUGCAGGGGACCAGCUGCUGAGUGUGGACGGCCGCAGCCUGGUGGGCCUCUCCCAGGAGAGGGCUGCAGAGUUGAUGACGAGGACAGGCUCUGUGGUGACACUGGAAGUGGCCAAACAGGGUGCUAUUUACCACGGCCUGGCCACACUCCUCAACCAGCCUUCUCCUAUGAUGCCCAGAGCGUUACAAGGAGGGCGUGAUAAGAAUGGUAAACUGAGACCAAAGAGUGAAGGCUUUGAACUGUACAACAACUCAGUCCAGAACGGCUCUCCAGAGAGCCCCCAGGGUGACUGGCAGGCCUACCCAGAACCAAAGAAGUUGAGCGGGGAGGAGAGACUACUGAAGAACCGGGCCGACCACCGCUCCAGCCCCAACGUGGCCAACCAGAGUCAGAGUCCAGGAGGAAAUACCGUCUACCCAGGAGGACCUGGGACAAAGAUCACCUCCGUCUCCACGGGCAACCUUUGUGCUGAUGACGAGCCCUCUCCACCUCGUCCCGAGGCCUACCCAAUCCCCACUCAGACCUACCCCAGGGAAUACUUCACCAUCCCAGCCUCCAAGUCUACAGACCGGAUGGGCCCGGCCGCGGGGCAGUUAUACACUGACGACAGGGGCCCUCCUGGCUCCAUGGAAGACCACCACAACAGCAGCAUCGCCAUACAGCGGAUGGGCCACUCUCAGGAGGAGCUGUGUGACCUCCCAGGGGGCUACCCUCCAGCCCCCCUGCGUCCUGAGGACCUGGUCCACCUGCAGCAGCAGCAGCAGAGAGAGGGUGACUACCAGCGGGGCAGUGGGGAACACUGGGUCAACCACCACCAGGUCUCCUCCUCUGUGGAGUCCUCCACUUCCAGCCAGGAGCACCUCAACUACUCCUCCAACAAGACCCAGAGCAACCACAAGAGUGGCCCAGGACGCUGGAAGACCCCUGGCCCCAUCGCCCCGCACCCAGGCCCCGUGGCUCAGGCCACACGCACAGACCUCCCACCCCCUCCACCGCCCCCUGUACACUACCAGGACUUUGAUUCCCAGCCCGACCUGCCCCUCCCCCCUCCCUCGGCCUCCCAGCAGCAGGCAGCAGCCGCCGACCGCAAGAAGCGCGAGGAGCAGCAGCGCUGGUAUGAGAAGGAGAAGGCCCGGUUAGAGGAGGAGAGGGAGAGGAAGAGGAGGGAACAGGAGAGGAAGCUGGGACAGGUCCGUAACCCAUCCAUGCCUGUAGCCCACAACAACAACCAACAUGGGGGCACACUCCCCCCUCCUACACAGCACUAUCAGAUGCCCCCUCCCCAGUCCCCCAUGCCAAUGCAGCAGGUGCCCUUGCCCUACUUCCCCCCCCAGGGCCAACAGCAGGCCCAGCAGCAGCAGCCCCCCAGGCCUGAGAAACUGUCCACUCUGCCCAGAGCAACGACCCUGCCCCCUCAGGGUAACCCAAUGGACACAGUGAUCAGAGAGCUGCUCCCCCAGCAGCAGCCCCGCACCAUCGAGCGCCGGGACCUGCAGUACAUCACCAUCAGCAAGGCGGCGCUGUCCUCCAGCGACAGCCUGUCCCCAGACCCCUGGAAGAGGGACGCCCGGGAGAAGCUGGAGAAGCAGCAGCAGCUGCACAUCGUAGACCUGCUGGACAGGGAGAUCCAGGACCUGCAGGCCAAGCCGGAGCGUACGGCCGAGGAGAGCGACCGGCUCAGGAAGUUGAUGCUGGAGUGGCAGUUCCAGAAGAGACUGCAGGAGUCCAAGCAGAGUGAUGAGGAAGAUGAGGAGGAUGACGACGAGGACGUGGACUCCAUGAUGAUCAUGCAGCGGCUGGAGGCGGAGAAGAGAGCAAGGUUGCAGGAUGAGGAGCGGCGGCGGAAGCAGCAGCUGGAGGAGAUCCGUAAGCGCGAGGCGGAGGACCGGGCCAAGCAGGAGGAGGAGAGACGCUGGAGAGAGGAGGAGAGGGCCAGACGAGAGGUCGAUGAGAAGAGGAGGCAGGAGGAGGAGUACUACACACGUCUGGAGGAAGGGCGGCGCCGGCAGCACGAGGAGGCCGAGCGCAAGCUGCUGACCCCUGACGAGCCUGGUCUGUACAGACCUCCCCUCCCCAGGGACUACCAGCCUCAGCCCCCCUCCCACUGCAUCCCCCGCAACACUGCCACUAACGCUCCACCACCCCCGCCUCAGAGAAACGCAUCCUACCUCAAAACCCAGGUCGUCUCCCCUGACGCCUUGUACACUGCCAAGUUUGUCUCGUACAAUGACGAGGAGGAGGACGACGCUGCAGGAUUUCAUUCAUACACUGGAAACGCAACCGGGGUUGUAGGAUCAGAAGAAGGUUACAAGGACCUGCGAGAGAAGUGGACAAAAGGUGGUCAAGAACAGGAAAACACUUUAACUGGAGAAGCGCCAGAGAGUAUGACCUUCAAGGAGCGCCAGCGGCUCUUUUCCCAAGGGAAGGAGGUGUCUAACAAAGUCAAGGCCUCACGGAAACUCAUGGAGCUGGAAAAUGAACUCAAUACAAAGUAGUAGACUGGAGCCUUAGCAAGACAGACCGCCAAGCCCCAACUCGGCAAUGAGAAAGAGCCAGGUUUUGUUUCCCAGUGACUCUCCUUUUUUGUUUUUUUAUUUAAUAACUGGACCAUUACGUACAAUUGAAAUGUAUCAUUGCAAUAGGAGACAUUUAUUUGCUUAAUUUCCCUCUUAAACUGUCGAAGCUAUAUUAAAAUAAACCACUGUAAAAACGUUUUAAUUAUACUAGUAAGACACAUUUGAAAUCACGUGACGGGGGGAUAUAUUAAAAUAAACCACUGUAAAACGUUUUAAUUAUACUAGUAAGACACAUUUGAAAUCACGUGACGGGGGGAUAUAUUAAAAUAAACCACUGUAAAACGUUUUAAUUAUACUAGUAAGACACAUCUGAAAUCACGUGAAGGGGGGGGAUAUAUU